UAGGAUUGAUACCUAAUGCUAUUUAUACAAUUGGAGUGAGAGCAUAUACUAGUAUUGGACCAGGAGAAUGGACUGCAGAAACAAUUAACAUUGCAAAGGUAGGAAGUUUUACUCUCAUACAUCUCAACUCAACUACUGUACAAAUGAAUUGGCUACCUAUUCCAGGGGCCAGUUACUACACUAUCUAUUACAGCAGUGGGUAUGAUGAUGACUCAAUGAAUGUUAGCAAUGAAACAAAUGAAGUUAUUAUACCAGAGCUGUACUCAUGUCUCAGUUACUCAUUUGAAAUGUCAGUGACUAUAGAAAUAAAUGGAAUUUAUUAUAAAGGACCUAGAACUGAACCAACAGUUAUAGAUCUACCAACAGUGGAAUUUUCUUCCUCUUUUUACACAGAAGUGAUAAGUACUUCAUCUCCUACCUCUGCAUCAAGUGAUGAAUGCAUGAACAUGUCAACUUUAUACGUAUCCCUAUCAAUACUGGGUAUCUCUUUAUUUAUUAACGUGAUAUUUGUAUGUGUGGUGAUUGGGAUGUGCUGUAAGAAGAUAGCUUAUAGUGUCAAAUCCAUCAAGUUAAAGAAUGAUGUAGAGCAUGACUAUGCUGUCCUUGAGCCCCCAAUAGUUCAAAAUCCACAAAAUGUUAUAUAUGAAUCACCUUUGGACUUGGCAUCACUUCAACCUCCACAGAACAACUAAACUGUACAAGCAGAGCAAGAAAAUCAAUAAAAACAAUUAUCUCAUUUCAUAUACAAUUUGCAAGUAUUUUAGAUCUAGUCAAUUAGGAUUGUAUACAUGAACUUAGCAUUUGGUGUGUGUGUGUGUGUGUGUAUGUGUCAUACAUGUACAUGUACAUUGUGGAUGUGUUAUUACAUUAUAGAGUGUAGCUCUAUGUCAUGUGUGUUCAUUUUUGCAAUCUUUGUUUGCAUCAGAUCUUUUCCCACUGUAGUGCUUUUUUGGGAAAUACUUUUGUAUUAUAAUGCAUUCAUUUAUUCAUGCUAUAACAAACUAUCAGUGUA